CGCGACGCACUGCCGGGAGUAUCGACCGGGAAAGGAUUGUUGCAUCAGAUUCAGAAGGUUGAAGAGAAAGACAUUCACCCUCUUCUUUAACUCCAUUGCCAGUAUUGCUAUCUCCUGAAUUUGUGUGACACCACAAUGCUUCCAUCCUUUGUGAGUAACCUCAUCUGGGGAGCGGCAGAUGAGGACAGAAACAGUGAUGAUGGACUGUGCACCGUAACUGAAGAGAAAGAUGGUGAUUGGCUUGUUAUAGAUUACGACACUUCAGCUGAUGCCGGGGAAAAUGAGUCCACAACUUCAGAAACAUCAGUUAGUUCUUGGAUAGUUGCUCCAUCACCUCGUUUCCGUUCUUCAUCUAAUGCCCCAUCAUUGGAUAAUCAUUCAGUCGAGAACCUUCUUCUUGAAAACCCCAGCAUGUCUGUGUAUGGUUGUCAAGUUACCCCAGUAACUAAUGAGGAGACGCAAGAAAGCAAAAACAAGCAGUUGGUUCCGUAUGAUAUGCAUAGAAGACAGAUUGUCAGGUAUUCCCAAAAUAACCGACAAUUGGUUCUUCUUCGAAGGCAAGAACAACAGGAGCUGGCUAAUCAAAUGGGAAUACCUCUCGAGCCAUUUGUCCCUGAAAAACCAUGUGAGUCUGCCCCAAUUCCAUGUCCUAUACCAAAAUUAAGCAAAAAGGCACUGAAGAAGCACAACAACAACAACAUUCGCAUAACACGGGGCAAGAAAUGCUACAAAAUUCAUCAAUGUGGGGUCAAAGCUGGGAGGCGUCGAAGUUGAUUUAUCUUCCUCCUCACCUUUGAUGCCAAAAAUAAGUAGCAGGACUACAUAGACCUACUAAAACUUUCAAAGAAUAAUAGAUUAGAGAGGCCUAAAGAUAAGAAAUUUCAUUAUUGCAAUGAUAGAAUACACUAUUUUUAGACACUUCAUCCUCAAAAAAA